AUGAAUAGGUUUAACAGAGCAGAAGUUUGUGAGGCUGAUAUCCGUAGGGCUGAUGAGGACAGAUCACCUCUCCAUGCGGCAUCUGCCGAUGGUCACUAUGAUGUUGUACGGGCUAUCAUUUUCCAAGGAGCAGAUCUAAAUAGUGUUGAUAUCUGUGGCAGGACACCUCUCCACGUGGCAUCAUCCAAUGGUCACCUACGUGUUGUACAGUUUCUCACUAUCCAUGGAGCAGAUCGAGAUAGGGCUGAUUCUGAUGGCAGGACACCUCUCCACAUGGCAUCAUCCAAUGGAGCAGAUCUAAAUAGGGCUGAUAAUGAUGGCAGGACACCUGUCCACGCGGCAUCAUCCAAUGACCACCGCAAUGUUGUACAGGCUCUCAUUGGCCAAAGAGCAGAUCUAAAUAGGGCUGAUAAUGAUGGCAGGACACCUCUCCAUGCGGCAUCAUCCAAUGGCCACCGCAAUUGUUUACAGGCUCUCAUUGGCCAAAGAGCAGAUCUAAAUAGGGCUGAUAACGAUGGCAGGCCACCUCCCCACGCGGCAUCAUCCAAUGGUCACUGCGAUGUUGUACAGGCUCUCAUUGGCCAAAGAGCAGAUCUAAAUUGGGCUGAUAAUGAUGGCUGGGCACCUAUCCACGUGGCAUCAUUCAAUGGUCACCUCGAUGUUGUACAUGUUCUUAUUGGCCACAGAGCGGAUCUGAAUAGGAAUAACAAUGAUGGCAGAAAAUCCUUCCAAGCGGCAUCAUCCAAUGGUCACCACGAUGUUUUACAGAUUCUAAUUGGCCAAGAAUCAGAUCCAAAUAGGGCGAAUAAUGAUGGGAUGCCACCUCUUUGUACGCAAUUAAUUGAUAAUGGCCGUUACCCGAUUGCUGUCAUUACUAACGUUGACCGUGCCAGUGAUGAAGAUUUAGACAACAUGCAUCUUGUCCUGGGGUCCACAGGAAUAACUGAUAUCUACAAGGUCGCCAAUAUCACUCCAGAUAAGGAACACCUUGAGGAUGAGUACCAGCUUAGUCUCCUUAGAAUGAUCGAAAACUGCAUGGAGGAUGGAGAUCGCAUUUAUGAGCUUCGUACUCAAAUCGAAGAAGACUAUUCUGGGAGUUUGGAUAUCCAGCAUGGUCUGGAUGAGGUGAACCAGGAGCUCCAGCAUGUAGAGAAGCAGAUUGAGAGGCUCCUGACGAAGCAGCAACGGCUCCUGCAGAGCAAGGAGCAGCUGGAGGUCCAGACCAGUCGGCUCCACGAGCUAAGCCUACAGACGGGCUCCACCGACUGGGAAAAAUCAGCCCGGCCAUCUUUUCCUGCCAUGCGACCACACCUUGUGCUCGAUCCACAUAAACUUGUAAUCUGCAUCCACCAGAACCAGGAGUGUUAUCGAAAAGAAGACCUUGUAAGUGUAGUACAGGCUAUCUUUGUGGGGUGGCUUCUUGAUAGCAAUGUGUUCGACAUCCAGGGCCCUAAUGGCAUGGACUAA